AUGAGUCCUUCCGCUUAUAUUGAGGCUUAUAAAAGCAUUCGGAAAGUACUAACUUCGUCCGUAAAUAACGCAACUAACUUUUGUAACACACUGUCCAACUUGAGUACCGAUAAAUCCAAGAGGUUAAUAAUAAAUUCGGCAGAUUCCAUUUUUGAUGGAAUCAAAAUACAGGAAACGAUAGGGGAAAAACAUGAAAAACACAAAUUCUAUUUCGCAAAUUCUCUAGCAAAGAUACCUAAAGCCGUUUUUUUACCGAGAUGUGCACAGGAUGAUUCCAGUUCGUGUAAUCUGCCCAGUAUAUUGGAAACGACACUCAAUCAAAUCGGAGACUCAGACAAGUUUCACUCUAAAGUUAACCUAUUUCUGCUUCAAUUGAGGGACACAGCAAAUUACUUGUCAGAAAAUCAGCUACAGGAUAACUACGGGCCCUUGAGACCCUUCCUCGUCGAUUACCUGAAGAAGUACCAAGAGUCCCUGAUUGCCUGCGAAUAUCUGAAGAAGCCGAAGAAGUUGCACUACUGUUUGACGCUGAUGGAAGUUUUAAAGUGUUUUUCAAUUGAUUCGCAGGAUUUACCGCAGACGGUAAAAAUCAUCCUCAAAGAUUCACCUGAACUGGUAAAAGCAGUACCAUUACAAACAUUUCGUUACAUAUCAAAGUUGGUUUUGGACAGCGACGCAGAAAAUCUGUUCAACGAGAGAAUGAAGUCUAUCGCAUACGAAAGCCUGAGCAGUCUCAUAAAGCACCUUGGAGUAGUGUUCAUCAAGUUUGAGAACAAGGUGGACCUGGAGACGUAUCUGAGCGCAGUGACGCACAAAAUGAAGAUUGAAACCUGCAGUAAGGAGGACAUUAUGGAGUUGCUGAGGAGUUUGAAGGUACUGGGCGCUCGCCACAGGGAUGAGGACCUGGCAAAUCUAACGAGCUCACUGCUGGAGUUGAUAUAUCCAAGGGUGUCAAAUAAAUCUGUGGCCACUGGAUCGGAAUAUGAAGUUGACAAGAACGACAUAGUGCUGAUAUUUGAGACCUAUAUGAAGAUUACGACGAAAAGCACCUUUAGUAAAAACUGCCACGAAGCACUAGUUAACUACGUACUGGAUAACAAGUUCGCGUUCACUAGCACGCAACUUAUAAGAAUGGCUUACAGUAUUGGCACGAGCGGCAGUAGCAUGUCAAAAGUGCUGGUGAAGAACGAGUACGUGCACAUGAGUGAAGUGGCAAACAGGCUUGUAAAUCACCUGCUGAGUCAACUGAGCACGCUGGAGUUCAACGACCUGUGCCUGGUUUUGUACGCGUACCCGCUGAGUGACUACUUCAGGCUUUACCACAUACUGGCAAACUAUUCAGCAGAAAACACAAAGUUGCCAUCAAGCGACAACUACGAUGAAGUCAGAGACAAGGUCAUGGGCAUAGUGAAGCGUAGGAUAGUACAGAACUUGGAUAGCAAUAACGCAAACAAUGGAAUAUACACAAAGCAAGUAGCAGACUCAUUGUUGUUUAAGGAUUAUGACUUUCAUGAGUACUUUUCGGCCGAUAUAAAGAGUAUUAUUCACUCGCUGACCAAGAAUCAGAUUUUGGAAAUAGUGACAACGAACAACGAAAACAGGAAUUUGAAUACUGAGGUUUUAAAUUUAAUGCUUGAUAAACUGAGUUACAAUCUGGACAAUAUAAAUAAGUUGGAAGUGUUGAACAACUUGGCUGAAAAGAACAAUUUGGUGAAACUGACAACAAUGUGUAGCGAUGUUGAGUUGCUGUUGCAGUGUGCAAACAAAUUUGACGUAUUCCACCCGAAUAUAUUUCCGUUGUUGAACUACUCGUACGAUUUGAACAUAUCGAACGCACAAAAUCAGGUUAUAAUUAAUAUGCUGACGUGCCUGAAGAACCUUAAGAUUAGACAUGAGCCGUUGAUUAAGAAGUUUACAGACAAGCUUUUGAACAGUUUUAAGAGCUCUAGCAAUUACUACAUACCGGAUUUGAUAGCAGUUACCGAGGCGCUGUCGUCACUGUGCAUACCAUACAACGACCUGUACAUGUACCUAAUGAACUACCUGUCAGUGAAUGCAGCAACUGAUUCGGAAACUGUGACGAAAGGUAGAGAGUACAAGGAAAAGGUAAACAGUUUCAGUAGCCUGAGCCUGAAGGAUAAAAUAAGUCUGCUCUACUCGAUAGCAAACUUUGGAAUAGUGGAUCACAAUUUGAAGAAUUUGUACAUAUCAGUGAUCAAUGAAAUGUACGAGCGAGAGUCAAAUGAGUCAGAAAAUGGAAAGGAAGGAGAUGAAAGCAUGGAUCUUACGAAGGGCAGUAAGCUGAAGGACUCGGAAACACUCCUGAAGCUGUACGAAGUGCACAUUGACCUGGUCCUGAACAACAUAUAUAGCGACGAGGCGGACGCGAUCAGUAAGAAGCUGAAGCACCCAUCAAGUCUAUGGUUCACGCGCGAGGAGUUGAAAUCGCAGAACUUCAAGAAGUCGAACCUGUACAUAACAGUCAGGGACGCUUUGAACGCAUUGGAUGUUAAGUCCGAGUCUGCAGUCACUGAAAUAUACUUCUGUAACUUCUUAGUCAGAGACGGAGACAAGUCCACAGUGAUCUACGUGGUACCAAACGAGGACGUGCUGAGGUUUUGGACCACCAACUUGGAGACGAGGUCGCUGGAGCCGUGUCCAACGCUAUGCAUAGGCAACUCGCAAAAGAUCAUCAGGAACCUGAAGCUGCUGGGAUACCAGGUGGCAGAGCUGCAGCAGGCGAAGUGGUACUCGCUUCAGUCGGACCGAGUCGCAUAUCUGAGGCAGCUGCUGUGCUCAAGUUAA